AUGGAGUUUUUCUACAUAAAAUGCCCAACAACCUGUCCCCCUUGCUGAGGAUGUAUUUUGUAACGAUGACCCCCCUCAAUCUUCAUGUCUACUGCAACAAAAAUUUUUCGAAAACAUCUUCAUGCCUACUGCGCACAACAUUUUUAUAAAAAAAUUAAUGCAUUUUUUCUCUAGGUGAGUUUCUCAAAAAAACCAUAAAACAGUGCUACUGUAGGUGUAAUGACCUUCUCAUCGAGAUUUGGACGGCUAUUGCUAUCGCUCGCCAUUUUAUUAAAUUUAUCUAGCUAAAAAGUACGGAAAAAUUUAAGAUGCGCAUCGAAAAUUUGUUGCAAGAGGAUUAGGAUUAUUACAGACAGGCGCUAGCCAUAUUGGCGACGCAGUCAACAAAGACCUCCCGUACGGAAGGUUCUACCGCUUUUCGACUCCAGCCCAGAGAAUCUAUCCCUCUUACGAGUGCCCUUCCGGUACCUUCUGUCUCCUCCUUGCCUUGGGAGUUCAGUCUUGAGUGGACGGCUUAUGGAUUUCUGUGGCCCUGGGCGAUUGGAGUAGCUUGAUUCCAAGGAUCAGCUCUUGGAUUCUAUUGGGUAUCAAAGUGCCUUUCUUCGAUAGCUACAGGAAAAAGACUGUUCCCCUGUGGCCUGGGCCAAAACCCCCAGUUUUCUCGUUAGAGGAAUACCCAUAGGUCCUCGGAUCCAAGGACGUUGCUGAACACCUCCAUUUCCAACCACAGGAAAGCAGCCAAAACCUACCCGGAUACACACUUCUUGAGCCUGCGUCUGAUUCUUGGCUCGGAGUCCAUCCCAAUUCGCUGUAGCCAUAAGGUCUGGACUGCUGCGCCAAGAGGGCAGAUUGACAUGUGUCGCCAUUUUAAUUUAUAUAAUUUGUUGCAAGAGAUAUGAAAAUUAUUAUUUUUUUUUAUAUAAAAUUUUAUAUAUAUUUUUGUUGCAAUAGACAUGAAGAUUGAAGGGGGGGUCAUCGUUAUAUACAGAAGCUGUUUUCAUGGUGCAAGAAGUUGCCAAAUGUCUACUUAGCCUCUAAAUUGGAGAGAACCAGUACUAUUUCCACGAUUAGUGGCCUGAUUUGAGGAGUUUUCUCAUUAUUUUCUUCCAUAAUCCUCAUGAAGUGGGUUGAUAAAAAUAUCGUCUACUGAGACCUGGAUUUUUCUCAUCACUAA